UACAUCAUCGUGUUCUCCUUAUUUUCUCCUUUAAUUUGAUAUAUGAUUCUCCAUUUUUACGAUUUUCAAUAUAGUUCUACUUUAAUACAUAGAGUAGAUUUCACUGAGCAAAAUGCCAAAAAUUUCAUCAAAAUCGGAUAAGAAAUAAUAAAGUUAUUGAAGUUUAAAGUUAAGCAAUAUUUUUCUGAAAACGGUCGUCAUGAAUAUUCAUUAGGUGGGCUGAUGAUGUCACAUCUCCACAUUCAGUUUUCUUAUGUUAUUACAUAAAAUCAUAUUUUUUUCAUUAUUUCAUAGUUGUGUGAAUAAUAUGUACCCUUAUAAUGAAAUAAGGUGCAGCAAUAGAUAUCUAAUGCACUAAAUCAGUUGUCAAUCCAAUUUUUCUAGUUCUUGGAGGAAAAAAUUGAAUAAACCUAAUUUCAUAAAAUAAAAUACAAAAGAACAAGAGGGGAUGUGACAUCAUCAGCUCACCUAAUGAAUAUUCAUGGCGACUGUUUUCACAAAAUAUUGCUAAACUUUGAAAUUCAAUAACUUUGUUAUUUGUUAUCCAAUUUUGAUGAAAUUUUCAGCAUUGUGCUCAGUGAAUUCUACUCUAUUUAUUAAGCUAUAAAUACUUUCAGCCCGGACCAUCCCUUUAAAUAUGCUAAUUUAUUCAUAUAUUUUCAAAACUCACAAAAAAUACUUAUUUAUUUGUUGAUUGAUUUUGAUUAUUUUUGUUCUAUCUGAGAGCUACAUGAGGUUCACCAAGGUUCUACACAGAGUUUAGAAAUUUUGACUAGAAAAUUAUUUAUGCUUAAUUUAUAUGAAAUUUAUUCAUAGAUCACAAAAAAUGCUUGUAUGUAAUUUCUUCAUCAAUUUCAAUUCUAUAUCCUCAAUUAAUGUCACCACUAUAAUUCACUACAGUGUCAACUGGGCUGAAAUUAAAAUUGUGUUAAAUUUCGUUGCGAGAUGCCGGAUGAGCUCCACAUCAUUGAUGUGCUAGUUUAAAAUCGGGCACAGUCUUGUUCAGCAUCGAAAAAAACAAUUUGUUUUCUAAAAUAAUAAUAAUAGAAUUCAAAACAGCAUCAUUUCGCUUUUCUUUGUAUUCAAACAAUAUAUUUUGUGGAGUAAACUUGAUAGUAAACAUAGGAGAUGAUAUCCAUGACUCUACUGUACUUUACUCCAAAUAUUUCUACUGAAAAUACAAAAGCGAAGAAAGUGUUCAAUUGUUUUUCCUUUACAGUAUUACAAAAUGUACAGCACUCAGUACUGGUGAUCUUCAGUUUAAAUAGUAUAUUAAAAACCACAAUUCUAUUGAAAAAUUUGUAUUGGAAAUAUUUUAGCCUAUUGUCCAUUGUGAAUCUGAAAUCAUCCUAUUAAAAUCAGGUAUUCGAGCAGAGAGAGAUAAUUUUAAGAAUAAACCAUGGCAAAACAUAUGAUUUCCUUUCAUUUUCCAUCUGCCAUGCAUCUUGUGCUUUACAACAAUUCAAUGUCACAAAUUAUAACUAACAAAUGAAUUCAACUACGUGUAUUACAAUGGUGAUAGAAAUCUUGGCUGCUCACAAUGAAAAUGUGUUACUACUAUCACAAUACAACAUGUCACGUAGUGUGGUCAAAGACUAAAUAAUCUAUGAGAUAAGUAAUGUAGGUGUUUAAUCUAAUUCCAGCUGGGAUGAAACUCAUUUUGGCAAGAUGGGGAGCUACUACAUCAAUCGCACAUUCUUCUUUGAUGUGCAUCCACCGCUGGGUAAGAUGUUGAUAGGCCUUGCUGGCUAUGUGUCUGGAUACAAUGGCUCCUUCCCAUUUGAUAAACCUGGAGACAAGUAUGGUGACACUGAAUACUAUGGCAUGAGAGCUUUUUGUACCACCUUGGGAUCACUGAUCAUCCCUCUGACCUACCUCACAGUGGAAGAAAUGACCAAGUCAAUUCCUGCAGCAGUAGUUGCAUCCUCACUCAUUCUUUUUGACUGUGGAUGCCUGACCCUGUCUCAGUACAUCCUCCUGGAUCCAAUCUUAAUGGUGUUUAUCAGUGCUUCAGUCUUCUCUCUUGUCAAGUUCAGAUCCUGUCACUCCAGUCCUUUCAGCCCAAGCUGGUGGGCUUGGAUGUCUGUGACAGGAGUGUUCCUGGCAUGUACUUUCAGUGUAAAAUGGGUUGGAUUGUUUGUGAUCCUCCUUGCUGGUGUGUCUACAGCUCAGGACCUUUGGAAUCUUCUUGGUGACUUGAGUCUUACAAAGAUGACACUGUUUUACCAUCUCUUGGCGAGAGUAUUGUGUUUGAUAUGUUUGCCAGCCAUCGUCUACUCAGCGUUCUUUGCAAUCCACUUCAAAGUCUUAAAUCAAAGUGGGAAUGGAGAUGGUUUCUACAGCUCAGCAUUCCAAGCCAAGCUCAUAGGAAACAAACUUCAUAAUGCAGCUUUGCCGGAAGCCAUUGCCUAUGGAUCUUUGAUCACAUUGAAGAAUCAUCGAUCAGGAGGAGGACUACUUCACUCUCAUCAUCAUCUCUAUCCUGAAGGCUUUGGUGCUGUGCAACAACAGGUAACUGCAUAUACUCACAAGGAUAUGAACAAUGAAUGGCUGGUGAAAAAGUUUAAUGUCAACCCUGACCCAAAUGAUACAUCAGUACAGUAUGUCAAACAUGGCGAUCUCGUAAGACUGGAGCAUACUGCAACUAAAAGAAAUCUUCAUAGUCAUCCGCUACCGGCUCCAUUGUCCAGUCGGCACCAUCAGGUUACUUGCUAUGGAGAGAAUGGUACAGGCGAUGUGAAUGAUGUAUGGAGAGUCGAGAUUGUAGGAGGUAAAGAAGGAGACCUUGUUAAAGUUGUCAAAACCAAACUCAAACUGAUUCAUCAACUCAUUGGAUGUGCCUUAUUUUCACACUCAAAGACACUUCCCAAAUGGGGUUGGGAACAGCUGGAAGUCACAUGCAACCCUUACACAAGAGAUGUGAGAACUUUAUGGAAUGUAGAAGAUCACACCAAUACGAAACUUCCCAAUGUGAAUAUAAGCCUGUUUGUGCCAUCAUUUCUGGAAACUUUCAUUGAAGCUCACUUGGUCAUGGCCUCUGGUAACAACAACCUCAAACCUAAAGAGGGUGAGCUGACAUCACAACCCUGGCAAUGGCCCAUUAACUAUAGGGGGCAGCGUUUUUCUGGUGCUAAUGAUACUGAGUACAGAGUGUAUCUCCUUGGCAAUCCCAUUAUUUGGUGGGGGAACUUAGUUGUACUAGCCCUCUUCUGUCUGGCAGCAUUGGUUUGGCUCUUCUUGAUGCAGAGGGGAUUUGAGCUCUCUAAACAGAUGCAAGACUCUGCAUCUAAUGUCUAUCCAUCAUGUGGUUGGCUGUUUCUUGGCUGGGCACUUCACUACUUACCAUUCUACUUAAUGGGUAGAGUCCUUUACUUUCAUCAUUACUUCCCUGCGAUGCUUUUCAGUAGUAUGAUCACUGGGAUCUUUGUGGAUCAUGUGCUGAAGGUUCUAGAACUGAAGCUAGGAGGUCGUUUUCCUCACAUUCAUCAGAGUGGUGUAGUCAUAAUCCUGGCUAUAAUCAUUCACAGUUUCUACCUGUUCCAUCCUCUCUCCUAUGGAAUGAUUGGACCAGUGGCAGACAAACCAGGAAGCCCAAUGUCUGGACUCCUCUGGCUCUCUUCAUGGGAGUUCUAAUAUAGGGUUCUGUAACACAAAGAUCUGCAAUCAAUUGCAAAAUGGUAGUGAAUGAUUAUGAUCAUUGCAAUGAGAACCAUUGAUUGAAAUUUGCAAUUGAUUGUGAAUCUUUGUGGUAUGGCCUUGUGAUGUGACUACUUCAUCUUCAUUCGAUCAGUACUAUUGACCUCUUGUAUCGUGAAUAUGGACCCGGUUUCACUAGAUUUGUUAUUACUGAUCACUACUCUGAUAUAGAAAACAUAUGCAAGCCAAUCAACACUGCUGCUGGUAAAAACAAAAUCUAGUUCAGAUUCAAAUUAAUUUAUUUUCAAUAUUUGUGAAUCUUGAAUCAUUUUGAGUGAAUUUCGUGUAUUUAAAAUCGAUCAUGAACACAAAUGCCAAGUUUUGUGAAACUGGAUUCAGAAUGUUCAAGAGUGUAACCUAAAAGAUAUGAUGCUGCAUAUUUUUGUUAUUACGCAAUUCUUGUUGAAUAUUUAUGGAGUAGUGCCAAGCUUGCAUCAUUUAGAGUAAAUCUUUAUUGUGUCUUACUCAAGGCAUGUAUUGAUACAAAUACUAACUGGAAGGAAUAUGCAAAUGAUGUACUUGGAAAAACACUCUGAGAGGGAGAUGGUCGGGGGUGGUGCUAGAUGAUUGUGAUGUUAUUUGAUCAUGUUAAUGAUAACAAAUCUGUGUUUUAGAUGUGAUACUUUGCCAUCAUAAUCUAUUAUUUGAUUGUAAAUCAAGACUGCUUUUAUCAACAAGGAUUUAUUUACUUUGGUAGACUUGGUAGAUUUUUGAACUUUCAGUUAAUGUGUUGUGGCCCUAAUGUUUAUUGUGCUAAUUUACUUAUGCCAAUUUUAUGCAAAUGUGUGCAUCUGUGUGCAUUUUCCUUUUCCCCUUUGUUUUUGUUUAGAGAGGGUUUUUUUUUUUACUUAUAAUUGAUAUAAUUUUAGGAGUAGAUGUAAAAUGAAUACAUUAUUGCUUGCCUCUGUUGUUGACAAAUGAAGUGUGAUUGAUACAUGGAAGAAGUGUGGUUGACAGAGAUUAGUAAGUUUGGACAGGUUAUUAUUGAAUUUUCUACAAAACAGAUAGCCACUAAAGUUUAUAUUUAACAGUAUAUGUUUAUUAGCAAGAAGGGGGUAAAUUUUCAAGAGAAUCUUAUUUAUUAGUUAGGUACGGAAGCCUGUAUUGAAGCUCAUUUGGGUACAACUCUGAGUCUUUCAUAUAUUUAUUGACACAUUCAUUUGUAUGCAUUACAUUACAUGAAGUAGAUUUGUGUGUGAGUGGGUGUAUGUGUAAGGAUGUGUUUGCACAUAAGGGUGUGUGGGUGACUGGGUAUGGGUGUGUCCUUAUGCAUCUCCAGUGUUGAAGUCUUUGAAUUACAUUUUUUUCAAUGCUAUUAUAUUGCUAUUCUUUUUAGUUAAAACAGUUUAUUUUACCGGUGCUUAUGGGUGUUCUUUUUUGGCCUGCUUUGAUUCUUGUUUUUAUAUUUAUUUUUUUUUUUGCUUUGCUGUAACAGUCUAUAUGUAUCUCAUGUUUGUACCAGACUUUAAGUCUGUUUAAAAGAUUGUUUUAUUUGUUGACCUUCAAUGCAGCGUUUUUACUCCUGGGGAUAAUCUUUUCGUUUUGUGUGUGUUUCUUUUUAAAAGGGGUGCAUGUAUUCAAGUUUCAGUGCCCUUUAUACAGCUUGCUUUGUUAUUUAUGGAAAUCCUCUUUCAUACAGUAUUCCAUUGUAUCAGGUUGGACGUAUCCUGGAUUUCAUCAUGAUGGGACUGAGUGGGAUGGUUUUACAAGUAAAACAACUUGCUUAAAAGAGGAAGCAUUUGCUAACACCCCCCGCCAAAAAAAAUAUCUAAACAUGCCACAAAUAAAAAAAAGUUAACCAUUUGAUAAAUUGAAGCUUAAAAAAGGAUAGGCAUAAUUCCACAUUUGGUGGGGGAAGGGCUUCUCUACUUUUAGAUUAGUCAAAUACCAAUUUACCAUCAACGUCCAAGUUUUAUCGCACCAGCCUGCAUACUUGGGCUGGGGUCUAUGGAAAAUGCAUGUUAUAGCAUAAUCAGCAAGUCUCUAUAAAUAGGUUGAAAUAUUGACUCCAAAAUUCUGUAAUUUUUAUAGUCUUUCUACAAGGAUUUUAAUACAAAAUGGGUAUAUUGAACUAGUCUUUUUCAUCGCAUGACGGAGAGGGUGGGGUAUUUCAUGAAGGGCAUGGUCAGUGAUUUUCACUGUUAAAAACUACUGAAAUCCUUGCAUUUGAUUGACUGAGAGCAGAUUUGUCAGGGAAAAGUAACUGAUAUUGUAAGAUGCUUUGUGGAAUGCACCUCGGAUGCAAUAUACAAAGAUGAGUUACCGAGUUGGAGAUAAAGUACAUGUAAUAGAAAUAAUGCACAGUGAUUGUCUUGAAAACACAACCAAUAACUUUGUAGGCCUACAUUAUAUCAUGAAGGAAGUAUUUAAUGAUGCUCUUUGGUUAGAUCAUUGCAUAGUUAAUUGGUGCUAGUUCUAUGUAUUUGCCAAUGCUCUCAGCUUCCAUUAUGGUUUGUAUUUUAAGUAUAAUUCAGUCCAUUUGUCUGCGUCUUUCUAGUCUCUUGUCAUUUCAUCUAUUUAAUAAUUUAGUGAUUUGUAUUGUCUCGGUACUGAAAUGGAGCAGCGUGAGUUUUCUACAGCCUGUAAUAAAUUAAUGAUAGCAGCAACUCAUGGAGUAUGUAAACAAUUGUGAUUAUUCAUUAGGGAGAAUGGAAUAUGUAUAUAUUUUUGUUGGAAAUGACAGUUUGUCGAAUAAUAGUAUGUAUUCAGUUCAUUUAGUAUUUAUUCAUUAUAGACAAUUCAUGAUCAUGCCUAGCUCCUUGACUUAUGUUAAUUAUUUAUUAAACAAAAAUGUUUGGCUUAAAACUCAAAGUAGCCUUGAGACAGACUAAUGGGGAAUUGCAAGAAAGUUGCAAUCAAUUGCAAGUGAAGUUCAGGUCACAAAAUCAGUCACAAAUCUGGCAAUUAAUUGCAAAUCCACACUUGAUUACUGGUCUGCUUCUCCACCACUAGUUGUAAAAAUGACUUUGAUGUAGUUACAAUUGAUAUAUUAAUUAUGGAUUAGCAGCAUAAAUUUUCAAUUGAUUACAAACAUUUUCUUGUGAUCUUUCCAUAUUCAGCUCAUCUCAUCUGGUUUACAGUCCUUUUCAGGACUUCACCCACUUUCAAGAAAAGAGUACCACUCAUUUCCUCUUUUCAUCCUUUCUUAUCUUUCCAUUUCAAUCUUUCUGCCUGUAUUUCCUUUCCCUUCUUCACAUUACACAUGGUGAACCGUAAACCUUCUGCACGUUAAAUAUUUUCUUGCAACACCCCCUUAGUGUGAUUUUGACCAUGUUAUUGAAGAAUGUAUUUUCAAUAUAUGAGUAAAGUUAGUCAUAAACAAAUGAUUCAGGUUCAGAUGUCAUAAGAAUCAUGUGCCGUGAUUUGCUACUGUGAACUAUUUAUUAUACAUGUAAUGUCAAUCAAUUCUGUCAGUAUACAUAAGAAUGUUUUCCACAUGCUUAAUAUGUUGCUGUCCUAUUGGUUGAGGUGAAUGGUUUGCCCAUCAAAAGCAAAGGGGAUGUUCUGCUUGUUAACUGAUCUUUAAAUUAAGUUAAUAUAAGGUCACAAUGGACAUCAUCUAGGGUAUUGGCGAAAUGAUAGUUUACCAGUGAAAAUAUACUAAUGAUUAUGAUGAUAAUGAUUAUAUCAAUGUUUGAAAUAAUGAUAAUGAAGAUAUAGGAAUUAAUAUAUGAUGACAAUAAAUGUGAAAAAGUAUUCUAUAAAGCUUUCUGAAAUUCUUCCAUUACGAUUUGUUUGGCACCAGAAUAUCAUGGCGGUGGGGAAGGGGGGGGGGGCUUAAAAAGAGUAAUGAGAUGUUUGAAGACAAGAAAACAACAUUCUCAAAUUAUUUACCCUUUUCACCACAAUAAUUUAUUUCCAACUAAUUUCAUGUAUAAGAGUACAUUGCAAUUACCAAUGUGUAGUUUACACCAUUCAAAAUACUUCAAUAUAUCAGUUAAAAGUUUACAAUAUAAAAUCUGAAUUCAACCUUACAAUAGCCAAAAAUAUAUAGUAUCUAAUUUUCUACAACCAUUAAAUGUAAGGAUGUUAAGUUCAUGAAGCUAUAGGAUUUCAUUUCUUAAGAUGAGGUAAUUGUUGGCUGUACAACAUAAUACAUUUUGUAGAAAAUUUAUAUUUUUUUAUAAUGUAAUAAUGUUUCUCACAUUGAUCUGUGCCAGUUUGCCUUCAUAUUUGUAAAUGGUCGAAUUGUACAAUUUAUAUUUAUCAGAUACAUAAAAUGUACAUUAUUAGACAUUAACUUUUCUUUAUAAUCUUGCUUAACUUGUUGUAUGAACAAAGCAAGUUUACAAAAAAAUAUUAUUAGCCUUUUUUUAACUCAAUAAGUCAUUAUAAUACUAGUGUACAGUGUAUGUAAUAUAAUAUCAAGUAACCAUUCCAGUUGUUUAAUUAUAAAAGAAAUUACAUUUUCUUGUGAAAAUAUCAGUUAAGAUUUAAAAGCUCAACAAAUAUGGAUAUUGAUUUAAUGCUUCUUUAAAUCAAGGCUAAAAAUGAGAGUUGUAUUUAUUAGAGCAAGCAGUAUUAUAUUUCAUUUUUGCAUGUAUAGAAUAGAAGGAAUCUAGUUUUUAAUUCAUAUUUUUUCUAAUAUUUGUUUAUGAUGGGUUCAAGAUCUGAUUGUUAAUGGCACAUCAAACAGAAAUAAAAAUAUUUCAGUAUAGCUUCUUUUUAAAUCGGAUAAUGGCAAUGAAUAAAAUAUGUCUCAUGGACCAAAUAUACAGAAAACUAGAAAUAUGAAUUGAAAAAUAAAGUUUAAUUUGUAACAUACUCCUUACUGUACAUUCAUUCUAAUGAAUAUGACAAUUGUUUGGCACAUCCAAUAGCAAUUUUUUUUCCCUCAUCAGGUUCGAUAAUUUCAAUUUGGUCAGAAUCAAAUUAAAUUGUUAUAUUGUUUCAAGUAUAUAUGCUAAAAACGUACAUGACUAUGCAUUCCUAGAUUUCAAAGGAUUAUUGCUAAAGUAUUGAAAAUGGAUCGUCUUCUAAGGCUUAUGUUUAUUAACAUUUAGUCAUUUACAAUGUAUCAAUUGCAGUUAAAUAGUUUGAAAUAUCAUUCAAACUUUGUUUGAGAAUAUUUACAAUCUUGCCUAGCUUGUUUUUGUGAAUAUUUCAUUUAAAAAGUACUAGAACUCAUUAAAGUAGCCUUUGAGAGAGGAAAAAA